AUGACAGCCAAGGUUGAAUCAAAAGUUCGUGAAGAGGAAAAGGGCAGCAAUCCGUCCACAGCCGCCGCGGACGACAGCGGUGCGGUUAUCCCAACGCUGAAACCGCGUCCGAAACCGGCUGUGGAGCCGCUGGAGCGAGAGGGUGUUGAGUUUGACCCACAACGUGGCCUUGUAUUCGAGAAGACGCGGAGUUCGAAGUGGAUGAGCGAGAAGGAACUGAACGAACUGCCGCUUCUACAGCGCAUCAACUGGCUCUCGACGAGCAUCAUCUUCACGCCGCUCAUUGGAACGCUGAUUGGGAUCUGGUUCGUGCCUCUUCAGCGGAAAACGCUCGUACUCGCGAUAGUGACCUAUUUCUGUUGCGGACUUGGCAUUACCGGCGGGUAUCAUCGCUUGUGGAGCCACCGCUCCUACGAGGCGCACUGGCUCGUACAAGUCAUUCUGGCGUGUUUCGGAGCGGCGGCGUUUGAGGGUAGUGCCCGCUACUGGUGCCGUCUACACCGCGCGCACCACCGCUAUGUUGACUCGGACCGCGACCCGUACGCGGUUGAGAAGGGAUUCUGGUACGCGCACUUGUGGUGGAUGGUCUUCAAGCUACCACGGCAGCGCCAGGGCCGUGUCGACAUUACCGAUUUGAACGCCAACCCGAUCCUGCGGUUCCAGCAUCGCUACUACCUGCAGAUUGCGAUUCUCUUCUCGUUUGUGAUCCCGUUGACGAUAUCUACGCUAGGAUGGGGAGACUUCUGGGGUGGCCUUGUGUACGCUUGUCUCGGGCGGAUGCUGUUUGUCCAGCAAUCAACAUUCUGCGUCAAUUCCCUCGCGCACUGGUGGGGUGAGCAAACCUUCUCACGCCGGCAUACCAGCUACGACUCGGUUAUCACCGCACUGGUCACACUAGGCGAGGGCUACCACAAUUUCCACCAUGAAUUCCCGCAUGACUAUCGCAAUGGCGUGGUGUGGUAUCACUGGGACCCUACCAAGUGGGUAAUCCGGCUCCUAUCAUGGGCUGGACUCGCGUGGCAUUUGGUUCGGUUCCCGCGUAAUGAACUCGUGAAGGCGCGCCUACAGGUGCGUCAGGAAAUACUGGACGAGGCCAAAAAGCGGGUCGAUUGGGGCAAGCCCAUUGAAAGUCUGCCGGUGUGGACUUGGAAGGAUGUGCAACGCCUAGCGAAGGAGGAGAACCGUCUCCUCGUCGUGAUCGAGGGUAUCGUACACGACUGUACGCGGUUCAAAGUCCAGCACCCUGGCGGGCAGCGCAUUCUUGAGUUUUGGAACGUCCGGGACGCAACGCAAGCGUUCAACGGGGACGUUUACAACCACACCAAGGCUGCGCGCAAUCUGCUCGCACAUUUACGCGUUGCGCAGUUGAAAGAGAUCUACGAGCCUGAGUGCGACGAGAGCACGACCGAGAUGUCAACAAAGUCUUCGUGA